CCUCAGUCCCCUUCCUGGGAGCCUUUCAGCGGCUGGAAAAACAGCAAAAGCUGCAAAAAAGAAAGUCUCGUUUUUCCCACCAGUGCUAGUGGGUUAAUGAUUGAUUUGCGCAGAUCACUGUGAAUUGCUGAGACAGACGCCUGGAGAAGGUAAUUGUGUCAAACUCCUGUGAAGUAAUGUUUGCUGAGGAGCUUUGGUGCUAACGUGUCUUGAUUGGGGGGACAUCUUUGAAAAGCAAAUGUAAUCUGCGUCCCAAGCAGUAUAUAACCAGCCAGCCCAAAAAGUGAGGCGUCGCAUUCCCUCCCAAAGCCCCAGCAAUCUCCCCGCAGCCUGAGCUACGGCCAUGGGGACAGGAAUGGAUUUUGUACACAGCUCUGGAGUCCAAAUGACUCGCUACCUGCAGGAGCAUUACCAGGGCUCCCAGGACUGGUUCCUCUUCAUCUCCUUCGCUGCUGACCUCAGAAACACCUUCUUCAUCCUCUUCCCCAUCUGGUUCCACCUCUGCGAGGCCGUGGGCGUCAAGCUGAUCUGGGUGGCUGUGAUCGGGGACUGGCUCAACCUGGUCUUUAAGUGGAUUCUCUUUGGGCAGCGACCCUACUGGUGGGUCCGUGAGACGGGCUACUACGGCAACGCCUCCACCCCUGUGAUCCAGCAAUUCCCUGUCACCUGUGAGACCGGCCCAGGCAGCCCCUCUGGCCAUGCCAUGGGCUCAGCUGGAGUGUACUACGUGAUGGUGACGGCUCUGCUUAGCACCCUGCGUCGGCGCCGGAGAUCCCCCUUCCAGCAGCUGUGCCUGCGGGGGGCGCUGUGGAUGGCAUUCUGGGGGGUUCAGGUGUCUGUCAGUCUGUCCAGGAUCUUCCUAGCAGCUCACUUCCCGCACCAAGUCAUCACGGGCGUCGUUGCAGGCAUGGGAGUGGCUGAAGCUUUCCGGCACAUCCCCUCCAUCUACAACGCCAGUCUCCGGCGGUACCUGGGCACCACGCUCAUCCUGUUCAGCUUCGCCCUGGGGUUCUACCUGCUGCUGAAGGCUCUCGGCGUUGACCUGCUGUGGACCCUGGAGAAAGCCAAGAGGUGGUGUGACCGGCCGGAGUGGGUCCACAUUGACACCACCCCCUUCGCCGGCCUCCUCAGGAACCUGGGCAUCCUGUUUGGGCUGGGGCUGGCCCUCAACUCCCAGAUGUACCUGGAGAGCUGCAAAGGGAAGAUAGGCCAGCAGCUGCCCUUCCGCCUGAGCUGUAUCACGGCCUCGCUCCUCGUCCUGCACCUCUUCGACUCCUUCAAGCCUCCCACUAAGGUGGAGUUGCUGUUUUACGUCCUGUCCUUCUGCAAGAGCGCGGCCGUGCCCGUGGCUGCUGCCGGCCUCAUCCCCUACUGCAUCGCCCGGCUCAUCAGGAGGCAGGAGGAAAAGCUUUUAUGAGAGCGAGCAGAGCUGCAUGGGACUGGCUGCCUCUAGUUCCCAGCCCUGACCGCCAGGCCUGUGACUGCUCUGUGGUGCUGUGUCACAGAGCCAAUGCAACCUGAAUGUGGCACAGGCUGGCUCUUCUGUGCCAGUUGCACAAACUACAUGGCCUUGAAAGACACAGAGAAAUGUCUGAGAGUCGCGGUUGGUGAGGCGAGAGUCCUGUGAACCUGGCGCGGAGGGGGUUUUGGAGGUGAGGGUUUGCUUUACACUGGGCGUUUGAGAAAAGAAGCGUGGUUUGGUUUUUACCCUUGGCCCCGCUCAUGCAGUAGAAGGUGAUCCUGACCCCGGCAUGGUCCUUGCACCCCCAUGCACACAGCUGUGCACACAUGCCUCUCUGCCAUACGCUAAGCAGAAAGAAAAGGGAAUUGUAGGAACUGUACAACCUGGGGCUCUCACUGAGGUGCUGAGACAUGUGACACAGACCUAUGCAAAGCCUUAACUCCGUGUGCAGUGAGUGAAGGGCGAUUGGCUUUCGCAGUCACCAUGGUGUCCCAGUAUUGUGGCUUUGUUCUCAAGGCUUUUACACCAGCAUAAACCUGGAGUAGCACCAUGAUGAAGCUGACCCUUACAACCUGUGCAAAUAACGUGUGUGUCACCUUUCUGAAACUAGUACCCCCUCUCUGUAUCCCAGCAUGCACUGGGCUUGUGCUGUAACCCUGGAGUGAGAUAUUUACAUUUGGAUUUUGCCUGAGAUACAAGCUGUAACUUGCUUCCUAGGAGCGCUCAGCGGGUGUUGGCAGUUGUUUCAUGCAGCCCUUGAUACCAGGUUUCAUGAGUGUCUCCCUGCCCUCACCAGCAGACACACGAGAUUCCAGACCUGCUGGGAAAUAACCAACCCUGAGGGUCAUAUCACAAAACUCCUGCCCACUUGGGCACAGGUCUGCCCUGAUCACUUGUGGGAUGAAAGUUCCUGCCAGAGCAGGGAACUUACCAAUGUAUGGUUUCUUUUCAAUCUGUUACUGGCUUGAGGUUUCUUUGCCUGAGUUACUCAGACCUAAGAGUUUGAAAAGAGACACUAAGUGGUAAGAUCCCUGCACAAGUGGAACAGUGAGAUGUGAAUGGGAGGGGAGGGAACAUGUUUAUUUUCUCUGUUAUCUCCUGUUACUUCUCCAGCAAAGUGUCACGAGUUGAUGGCAUGCACAGCCCUGACCCCCACUCUGAUCCUGCUGCGUCACAAACUGCCCCUCACCGCCACCUAUUGAGCUGUUUUCCUGUUUGCUGGUAACCACUGCAGGGACCGGUGUGGAAAUCCUGAGUGUGCCAUGGGCCGUUGCUGUCUUGCUUGUUUACAUCGGCUCCUUCUUUCCCUGUGGAUGGGUUGGGGGUUCUCUUCCCGGGUUGUUAGUUUCUGUAUUUCCCACAUGGUUUUGGGGAUUAAAUAUAUCUCAAGAA